AUGUCGCCAAAUAGUGACAUUCCCUCAUCUUCCCCCAUGCGAGCAAGCCUAUCCUCUUGGAUUCACCGACUCAAGAGCCCCUCCCCGGGAAAUUUCUCGGAAGAACAUGUAGAAACGGAUCAACACCAGCAAGUACAGCAACACCCUCCGGAAAUACAGGCACCCAUUGAACAGACACGUGCACAGUCGCCGCUACUUUCCUCCUCACAGCCACUGUCUAUUCCAUUACAGAGGAAAGACCUUCAAUCACACCCACAUCAUACCCCACUUUCCUCUUCGCCAAGCCCUUCGAGACCAUUUCUUGGCUUCAAGUCAAUGUCUUCUCAUUCCUUUCGCCCUCUCUCGCAGUUGCUGGACUCAAACUCAACAUACUCAACAAAUGGCACUAAUGACCAGCCUCUUUUAUCUUCCUCGCCGUCAAAUGAUGCCUUGAGAUCCCAUCGGGAUUCUUUCCUAUUACAACGACAGGCUGAUUCCUUUGGUGAAUCUUUGAUUUUCGGUACUGAUAUAGAAACAUCAACACAGACGGCCUAUGGUACAAUCUACAUAUCGGCAGAAGAGCCAGAAUCAGAAGAAGUUGACGUUAAUAAUGAUAAUAAUAACGGUAACAAUAAUAAUGGUAACAAUAAAAAUGACAAUAAUGAUAAUAAUGUUGAUGAUGAUAACAAAAAGGAUGGCAAUAAUGAUAAAAAUAAUGAUAAAAACGAUAAAGGCACCCUCCCAUCUAGAAACUUGUCUUAUGGCCGUGUGCCGUUAGUCAUUGUGUCAUGUGGUUCUUACCUUAAAAAUAAUGCUUUGGAAGUAGAGGGGAUUUUCAGACUAGGCGGAUCAAAUAAAAGAAUCCGACAAUUGCAGCAGAUCUUCUCUAAACCUCCAGAUUAUGGUGCAAAGCUUGAUUGGAGUGGGUACUCCGUCCAUGACGCCGCAUCUCUGCUUCGCCGAUACUUAAGCUCUUUAUCUGAACCAUUGAUACCCUUCCACUUGUAUGAUGACUUUAGAAACCCACUGGUUGAGAAGGUCGAAUUAUUACAGUACUUCAAAGAUAAAGAAAAGGAUGUGAAAAGGAAUAAGUCAGAAAGGAAAACCAUCUCAUCCCAAAGGAAACAACUGUUGAAAGAAUACUCCUUGUUAUUCCAGAGACUACCACCGAUUCAAAAGCGUGUUUUAUUUUAUUUGUUGGAUAUGUUGGCCAUGUUCAACUUAAAUUCAGAAAAGAAUAGGAUGCCGGCAAAAAAUUUGGCAGCCAUUUUUCAACCUUCCAUAUUGUUUCAUCCAGAUCAUGAUUUAAGUCCCGAAGAAUAUCAAAUCAACUCGUUGGUUAUUGAGUCAAUGAUCACGUAUUCUCAUAAGAUUUUGAUUAAUGUGCAGAAUGAACAGAUACAAAGAAACAAAUACCUGUCUGAAAUUCGUAGAAAGAAUGCGAUUGAUACAUCCAAUAAGCUCCAAUCUUUGCCUCCAAAUAUUGAGAUUUUAGAUGACCGUGGAAGUUUUGAUGAAAUAGAGGAAAAUAGCAGUAGCACUGUUGAUGAAAAUACAUAUAUACAUAACAAGCCCAACCGCAACCGUGUGAAUAAUUCCCCAUCCAAGAGCUCACCUCUGAAACACAUGAUUACUUCAUUGGAUAAAAAAAAUGAUCUUUUGUUUUUGGACGAAUUGGAACCUCCACCUUCGCCGUUCUUAGCACCAAAGAAACCUACAGGCAGACUGAAAAGCAAGUCUUUAUCAAUUCACCCGCAGAGUGAAGUUGUUAGAGUAGUGAAAACCUCAGAAAGUAUAGAGGAUAUACUAAGUAGAGUCACCUCGAAUCAAAGUGGUCUUUCCUCUAGCCCUUCUUCGAGAAUGAGUACAUAUACUGCCCCAGAGAAUAUCGAUAAUUUGGUAUCGUCUGCGGAUGAAAAGUUGGCAGAAGUGCUAGGUAUUCCUCUACAACCACUAACAGAAUCGCCGUCCAAAAACAACUCCGAAUCUCCAUCACUUCCUAUGACAGCUUCAACAAUACUUGAUUUUCCACCAGUAACCCCCACUGAGGAUGCCUUCAAAAUCGAAACGGAUGGCAGACCUCAAGUGAUUAUGGCUACAUCUACAGGAGCUACGUCAUCGACUACGGAUUCAUCAUUUCAACCUUCCUUUCCAGAUGAUAGUAAAACAUCCCUACAUUCAGAAAAUAAGCUGAUACAUAUAUCAACUGCGUCGUCUUCAUCGGGGAGUGUUGGUGAGAUACCGAAGCCUCAAAUUAUAAGAAGAGCUAGCCCACGGAAUCAUCCUCGUGGUUCAAGAAAUUCGAGUUUGUUUUCAUCCUUUACUUCUCCAAAACUGAGUCUCUCACGUAGUAAGAAUGAAGGAUCUGUGUCGUCGAGUGAUGAGUCACCAACAAAGGAGAAGCGUUGGUAUAAUAAAUUGAAAACACGUUCUGCUAAACGUUAA